CCCCCCCUCUCCUGGCCAAAUCCCAACUCUGAUCCCAACCCAAACCCAAACCCUAACUCCAACCCCCCAUUCCUCCUCCCUUCCCACGACGGCGACGAACCCCAAUCCUCAUCCCCUUCCCCUGCCGCGGAUCCGCCGGAGAACGACGAUGCCUCCGGCUUCCUCGAAAACCCUGAUCUCGGCAUGCAUUCGAUGCCGGCGCAGCCGCCGCCUCUGACUGCGGUUCAGCCGUCAUUGUCCGCCUCGUCGUCGUCCUCAUCGCCACCCCCGAUGCCGUCGCUGCUGCACUUGUCGUUUAACCAAGAUCAUGGGUGCUUCGCCGCCGGGACCGACCGGGGCUUCCGCAUCUAUAAUUGCGACCCUUUCCGGGAAAUCUUCCGACGGGACUUCGACGACGGGGGGAUCGGGGUGGUGGAGAUGCUGUUCCGGUGCAAUAUCCUGGCCCUCGUCGGCGGCGGGCCGCAGCCAUACUACCCGCCCAACAAGGUCAUGAUUUGGGACGAUCACCAGAGCCGCUGCAUCGGGGAGCUCUCUUUCCGGUCGGAGGUCCGGGCCGUCCGGCUCCGGCGAGACCGGAUCAUCGUGGUGCUGGACCACAAGAUCUUCGUGUACAAUUUUGCCGACCUCAAGCUUGUUCAUCAGAUUGAGACGGUGCCGAACCCUAAGGGGCUCUGCGCCGUGUCCCAGCAGCAAGGGUCGCUGGUCCUGGUCUGCCCUGGGGGUCAGAAGGGCCAGGUCAGGGUGGAGCACUACGGGGCUCGCAGGACCAAGUUUAUCAUGGCACAUGAUUCGAGAAUUGCAUGCUUCGCGCUGUCGCAGGACGGGCGGCUGAUUGCCACUGCGAGCACCAAGGGCACACUCAUUAGGAUUUUUAGCACCGUCGAUGGAACGCUUCUCCAAGAACUAAGAAGGGGUGCUGAUAGAGCAGAGAUUUACAGCCUGGCCUUCUCCGCUAACAUGCAGUGGUUAGCAGUCUCUAGUGACAAAGGAACAGUUCAUGUAUUCGGCCUCAAGGUAAAUUUGGGAUUGACAGGCAAUGAUAGGCCACGCCCUGCACCAGAGCCAAAUGCCCCAGCUAUCGCCUCAUCCCUCUCUUUCAUUAAAGGUGUUCUGCCAAAGUAUUUCAACUCAGAAUGGUCAGUGGCUCAGUUCCGCUUGCAUGACGGUUUGCAAUAUCACGUUGCAUUUGGACACCAAAAGAACACCAUUGUGAUUCUUGGGAUGGACGGAAGUUUCUAUCGAUGCCAAUUUGAUCCUGUGAAUGGUGGAGAGAUGACACAGCUGGAAUGUUACAAUUUCCUGAAACCAGAAGAAACUUUCUAGCAUGAGGCAUGUUUUAUCGUCUGGCUGUGCUGCUGUUCAUUAUCAUUGAUAAACUUUACUUUUUCAGGCAAUAAUCUGUACAUAUCUUAGUGUUGACAGCUUCCAAAUAUUUCAGUCGCCUUAUAUCAUAGCAACGGCUCAUGUGAGUACCACAUGAUGAAUCCAUGUAUAUCCUAUUUUCUGGAUACACAAAAGCUUGCCAUGCAUUACUUAUGCCUUAUAUUUCCCCCCCCCUAAAUCUCUCUAUUGACAUGAUGUACAGUUGCUUAAUUAAAGGUUCUCUGUUGAUUAAUUGUUUAGGCACUGGUUAUACCAUUUUCCCA